AUGGCUAGGAAAAUGCUUCCUGAUUUGAACAAUGUUAUUUUAAAACUUGCUCAAGAAAAUACUAUGAUGACUUCUUCAAAAAUUCAAAAGGAUAUUGUGAGUGCUUGUGCACAAGAAAUCGUAAAAACUAUAAUUAAUGACUUGGAUGGAGAAUUUUUUGAAAUUUUAGUUAAUGAAUCUAAGGACAUAUCAUACCAUGAACAAAUGGUUGUUGCAUCAAGGUAUGUUAACAGAAAAGGUAAAGUGAAUGAGCGUGUUAUUGCUAUUGUUCGUGUUGGCGAUACUUUGAUAAAAAUGUCGAAGGAACGUUAUGGAUCAUCAUUUAAGUUUAGAGAUCAACUUCGCGACCAUCAAACUGAAAUGUUGGAGCAACUACUAGAAAGUAGUGAAGUUAAAAAUGGAAAAGGAUUAAAUCAAGAACGAGGACUUCAAAGGCCAGGUGACACUCAUUGGGGUUCACAUUUUAGAACAUUGGAUAACUUUAUAGUUUUAUUUUCAUCUAUAGCUCAUGUGCUUGACGCGAUUAAAUGCGGAAGCUCAAAUCCCAAUGAUAGAUUACAAGUCAGAGCUUUUUUGACUAUGAUCAAUGAAUUUGAAUUUGCUUUCUUACUUCACUUGAUGUUGAAGAUAUUGGUGAUGUCCAAUGAGCUAAGUGCAUUAUUACAAAGAAAAGAGCAAGAUAUUAUCAAUGCCAUAAUAUUUCUUGGCAUUUCUAAGAAAAGAUCACAAUUGUUGAGUGAUGAUGAAGGGGAUUCUCUAAUGAAUGAAGUUCGUGUAUUUUGUGAUAAACACGAAAUCUUGAUUCCUAAGAUGGAUGAUUUUUAUCUUACCAAAAAAUUAAAGUGUAGGUUUUCUAGUGUUACUUACUCACAUCACUUAUGUGUUGAGCUCUUUUAUACUAUAAUUGACUUGCAACUUCAAGAGCCUAAUAAUUGUUUUGAAGUUGUGAGUGGUAACUUGCUUCUUGGUAUGACAAGCUUGAAUCCAGCUAAUGCUUUUGCUAAUUUUGAUAAAGAAAAGAAUAAUGAUAUUGGUCAAGAAUUAUUCGGAUGA